GCCUCGUCAGCAGCAGGGCAAAGCGGCGCGCAUGGAGGACCCCAACGGCAAGUCUCAGCCCUUGCGGCGCGUCUUACGAUGCAUGACCACGCGUCGAAGGAGGGCACGUGGCGAUACGAGACCCACCUUCAUUCGACCGAGCGGCCAGUCAUGCAAUCUAGAAUUUGGCACAACUGGCGAUCGUCGAUUCCUGGUCGCAUGCACCGUAAUCGAAGCGCACGCAGCUGCGAAUGUUUCGUUUCGGCGACGGCUUUUCAUUAUAGAAGUUACAUACACCUAAGCAAGAUGUUCGCCAUCUUGCUGAGUCUUUCGUGAAAGCUCGAGACGGCCGUCGUAAGCACUAGGUCUCAGCACGCCGUGCGACGCGCGACUUUCACGGCACCGCCGCCGGGUCGCAAGGAUGCGACGGCAUGGGCGACGGAAGUUCAUUCUCCGUGAGCGGACCUCCCAGGUUUAUCGACGACGACCCUUCUCGAACCCUCGUCAACAGCGCGACUCGUUCAGACGAAGUGCGACGCUCUAGGAAACGGCGCGACGCGGAGAUUUGAAGGGCUGUCGCGACUCUGAUAACUGCAUGCAGGUAGCCUCGCUAGAAGUUUCUCGAAUUCCGGACGUUUCCGAAUCGAUUCGGAGAGGCUUUUGAACCUAUUCGAGAGACUUCCGAACCUUAUCUGGAGGCUUCCGAACCUUAUCAAGAGACUUCCGAACCUUAUCGAGACUUCCGAACCUAUUCGAGUGGCUUCCAGAGUUUCAAAGGACAUCCCUGGUGGGGAUGUCCCGGUUCGGUUAGCGACCUGGGGAAAGCGUGCGGCGAGGAACGGGGGACAUUGGCAUUCCCCGCGUUGCUGCGAGCCAUCCGAGAGGGAUAUAUUUGCUACGAGCGUCGCUCCACGGCUCGUUGCUGAGUUCUCAACUCCUGGCAAAUGCUCGCUUCUCUUGCUGCUGUCUGCCCUCUCGCGACGACUUUCGCGCGCUCCUCUAGAAGCUGAGUGGUGGCGCUCUGGGUUUUAGUCGACAUUUCGUAGAAUCAAGCGACUUCUUGGCCUUGGGUUCGUGUGUUACACUACCUUCGAUACAGUCACCAUCAUGCCUCCUGCGGGGGAGACGGCCAUAGGCAUCGAUUUAGGCACGACGUACAGCUGCGUGGGCGUGUGGCAGCAUGACCGCGUGGAGAUUAUAGCGAACGACCAGGGGAACCGGACCACGCCCUCGUUUGUGGCAUUCACUGACACUGAGAGGCUGAUUGGCGACGCUGCUAAAAACCAAGUGGCUAUGAACCCCACCAACACGGUAUUUGACGCCAAGCGGCUGAUCGGGCGGCGCUUUUCGGACCCUACUGUGCAAGCGGACAUGAAGCACUGGCCGUUCAAGGUCUUCUCCGGCCCGGGAGACAAGCCCACGAUCGAGGUCCAAUACAAGGGCGAGAGCAAGCAAUUCGCAGCCGAGGAAGUUUCCUCGGUGGUUCUCACCAAGAUGAAGGAAAUCGCCGAGGCGUUCCUGGGCAAGAAGAUUAAAGACGCGGUGGUUACGGUCCCGGCGUACUUUAAUGACUCGCAGCGGCAGGCUACUAAGGACGCGGGCGUUAUAGCAGGGCUGAAUGUAAUGAGGAUAAUCAACGAGCCGACUGCGGCGGCGAUCGCGUAUGGGUUGGACAAGAAGGCGAGCCGCAAGGGAGAGAACAACGUGCUGAUCUUCGACCUGGGCGGGGGCACGUUUGACGUGUCGAUUCUGAGUAUUGAGGAGGGGAUCUUUGAGGUGAAGGCGACAGCUGGGGACACUCACUUGGGCGGGGAGGACUUUGACAACCGGCUGGUCAGCUUCUUCGUGCAGGAGUUCAAGCGCAAGCACAAGAAGGACAUUAGCAGCAACCCCAGGGCCAUCCGCCGCCUCAAGACUGCCUGCGAGCGAGCCAAGCGCACGCUCUCGUCGACCGCGCAGACCACCAUCGAGAUCGACUCGCUCUAUGAGGGCAUUGACUUUUACAGCACCAUCACCCGGGCACGGUUUGAGGAACUCAACAUGGACCUUUUCAGGAAGAGCAUGGAGCCAGUCGAGAAGUGCCUCACCGACGCCAAGCUGAGCAAGUCGCAGAUCCACGACGUGGUUCUCGUGGGCGGGUCAACCCGCAUCCCUAAAGUCCAGCAGCUCCUGCAGGACCUCUUCCACGGCAAGGACCUCUGCAAGAGCAUCAACCCCGACGAGGCCGUGGCAUACGGCGCGGCCGUCCAAGCCGCGAUUCUGACCGGUCAGGGGAGCGAGCAGGUGCAGGAUCUGCUUCUGCUGGACGUGACCCCGCUCUCUCUGGGUCUGGAGACGGCCGGAGGGGUGAUGACGGUGCUGAUCCCCAGGAAUACGACGAUUCCGACGAAAAAGGAGCAGGUUUUCUCGACGUUUUCGGAUAACCAGCCAGGGGUGCUGAUCCAGGUGUACGAGGGGGAGAGGGCGAGAACCAAGGAUAAUAAUCUCCUGGGGAAGUUUGAGCUGUCGGGAAUCCCGCCUGCGCCGCGCGGGGUGCCGCAGAUCACUGUGAUGUUUGAUAUCGAUGCGAAUGGGAUUUUGAACGUUAGUGCGGAGGAUAAGACGACGGGCCGCAAGGAUAAGAUCACGAUCACAAAUGACAAGGGAAGGUUGAGCAAGGGGGAGAUAGAGCGGCUGGUGCAGGAGGCGGAGAGGUACAAGGAGGAGGAUGAGCAGGUGAAGAAGAAGGUGGAGGCGAAGAACUCGCUCGAGAAUUACACCUACAACAUCAGGAACACCAUUCGGGAUGAGAAGGUGUCCUCCAAGCUGCCAGCAGAUGACACGAAGAAGGUGGAGGAUGCGGUUACCACCACGAUCGAGUGGCUGGACCAGAACCAGCUGGCAGAGGUGGACGAAUUCGAGGACAAGCAGAAAGAGCUGGAGGGGGUCUGCUCGCCCAUUUUCUCUCGCAUGUACCACCAGAGCGGUGGGGUCCCUGCAGGUGCUGGUGGUGGGAUGGGGGGAGAUGAGCCCAUGGGUGGUGCUGGCGGUGCUGGAGCUGGUGGGCAGGGGCCUAAGAUUGAGGAAGUUGAUUAGAGGGGGAGUUGAGGACGAGCAGAAGGAGCUGGAGGGGAUCUGCUCGCCCAUAUUCUCCCGCAUGUACCAACAGACUGGUGGGGGCCCUGCAGGUGCCGGUGGUGGGAUGGGGGGAGAUGAGCCCAUGGGUGGUGCUGGUGCUGCCGGUGGUGCUGGGCAGGGGCCCAAGAUUGAGGAAGUUGAUAAGAGGGGGAUUCGAAGACAAGCAGAAGGAGCUGGAGGGGGUCCGCUUCGCAUGUACCAGCAGAUUGGUGGGGGACCUGCAGGUGCUGGUGGUGGGAUGGGGGGCGAUGAGCCCAUGGGUGGUGCUGGCGCUGGCGGUAGUGUUGGGGGUGGGCAGGGUCCCAAGAUGGAGGGAGUGGUAUGAAGUUAGAGGAAAGCAGGAGGGAGGGUACACGACAGUCUAGACGUGAGAGAGCAUGAGGGGAGGUGACAAUGGAGGAGUACCGGUGUGAAGAACUCUGGGAUGGUGGUGGUGGUGGAGCAAGAUGUGGAGGGAGACUGCUUGUACAUAGACUUUGUACAGUUGGCUUGGCCCUUGCUUGAAGUUUGUGAAAUGGGAAGAUUCAGGAAAGGAAUUUUCCUAAAAAUCAGG